AUGCCCAGAAGCAUUACGAAGCCUGUCAAAAGGAGAGAAAAAGAUAUGGAAGAAAUUUUGAUUGGUUAUAAGUUUCUUCCAACCGACAGUGAGUUGAUUCAGUAUCUUGUGUGCAAGGCGAAGGAAGAAGCCCUACCAUGGGAGGGUGUUGUGAAGGACUGUGACGUUUAUGGCAAGGAGCCCUCAGAGCUUUUUGAGGGUUCGGAAGAGAAUGUUCUUUAUUUUUUCACCAAGUUGAAGAAGAAGCACGGAAACGGGUCGAGGAUUGAUCGUGUGACGGCGACGAUGGGUACAUGGAAGGGGCAAGACAAGGCUAAACCUAUAAUAAAAGAUGUCGAUGGUACUACUGGUACCGGUGAGGGAGAUGAUCAAGAAACUGGCUUGAUAGGAAGGAAGAGAACUUUUACCUAUAGAAUGAAAUCGGAUGCUAAGGCGGCGAAGGCCAAGAGUGGAUGGAGCAUGACUGAAUAUAAUCUUGACGGCACUAAUCUCCAAAGAGCAAAAGUCAAAGACUAUGUAAUUUGUCGAAUUAAAAGGCAAAAGCAGGAAGAUAUUAAGUUGGAAUCCCAAGUUAAGGUGAUGCAAGCGGAGGAGUGCAAAGUGACAGUAACUCCGGCACUUGAAGACUGCAAUACCAUCACACAUGCAAUGGAACCCAUAUUACAAGACUGCAGCAACCUCAUCACAGAAGCAAUCGAAUUUGAUGGAACAACAGUACUAACGCAACCAGAAGAAGAAGAAGAUUGCAUGGAUUGGUUGAACGAUUUUGACUGCAGCAACCUCAUCACACAAUCAAUUGAAUUUGAUGGAAAAACAGCACUGAUGGAAGCUGAAGAUUGCAGCAACCUCAUCACACAAGCAAUUGAAUUUGAUGGAAAAACAGUACUAAUGCAAGCUGAAGACUGCAGCAACCUCAGCACACAAGCAAUUGAAUUUGAUGGAAAAACAGUAUCAACGCAACCAGAAGAAGAUUGCAAUUGGUUGAACGAUUUUGCUACACAACUCCUCCAGAAUCAAGAACAUUUAGGAGACAGUGAAAUACUAAUGUUGCCCAACAUUUUUUAUGCAGAUAGUUGGUCCCUCUCAGCUUGA